AUGGAGGAUGCAUUGAAGCUACAGGGGUACCUGAUGAAGGAGAAGUCCAAGCUCAGUCGGCUCCACGGCCUGACAGGGGAUAUCAACAAGCGAUACUUCAAAAUCCAGAGCAUCGAGGGAAGCGAAGAGCUGGCACUUUGCUACUACAAGAAGUUCAACGUUCCUGAGAUCCGUGGCUGGAUCUACCUGAAGGACGUAACCGAGAUAGCGGAAGACCAGGAUACCAUAAUUGUUACAUCCGCGGCACGUACGCUUCAUCUGUAUGCACAGACAAGGGCGCAGCACAACCUGUGGGUGACGGGGCUGGUCAAGCUGUGCCCACACGCAUUCGCGAUGCUCGGACGCAACGCAUCGGUCCGGAGGAUGGAGAAUGACCUUCGGAUGACCAGCCCAACCGGCACCUCGCUUUCUACGCCAGCUGUAGUAGACAAGUCAUUUGCGAAAGAUCGUUACAAGGCAGUGAUCGGCCCGCAAGAAAACCACAGCGUGGACGGCAUAGAAAGUAGUCCCUCGACCAACGAGAGCGAUUCACAGUCAGAGUCUUUCCAAACAGCUCGUGGACACGAAACAAAAAGAGGUCGCAACGGGAGACACCGCGGCCAGAGCGCUGGAGAUCAUCAAGUGCCCGAAGAGCCCCACGCAUUGUGGAGCACACCACGUAGAGACUCACGCAACGUGGUGAGUAAACAACGCCAUCGAGGCGACGACGAAUGCGGCCGAAGGGGUGGUAAUGAACGUGGCUCGAAGGGCCCAUGCCAUCGGCGUCGUGGGGAGUAUGAAGACAGAAGAUUGGUACGCUCAAGUGGCAGGCUUGUCCACCGUGGAAACACCUGCGACAAGGGAAGUACCCGGCGCAGAAAUGAGGAGCGACAAGGACAACGUUCGAGGGGAAGGGUAGGCGAGAGUGUCGCAAAGGCGAACAGUCAUGACGAGGAAGAAAGCAGCCAUACGUCUGCCAGUCCCACGAGGAACUGCAAGAGUGGUGGUCACACAAAAGACGACCGCGACGCGGGUGCUAGGUCAAAGCCAUGUUUCACGGGCCUCCCGGCGAGUGCCAGCGACGAAAAUGGUCAUGAAGACGUCCCAGACGAACGAGACUUAGAACCGUGUGGACAAUACGCGGGUCGUCUAGACGAGGGCCUGACUCCCACAAGUGUUGAGGAGAAAGUCGGCACCAACAGUUCCGACAAAGUCGUCGUACGGCCACCCGAGCCACGGGAUGACGAGAUGACGAAGAAAUCGAGAGCCUUCUACUCGUCCGACAACGAAAACGUGGAAACCAUUGAGCUUGACGAACGCGAAAACCCAGUCGUUGCACACAACGUACAGCCGCGGCCACCCGACGACAACCCUUCACCUGCGAGCGUGCCUAGAAAGAGUAACCAGGACGAAGAAAAGGAAGAGGUCGACGAGGAAGCGGACAUUGACCUAGCAGUCCCGCGCCUCGAAAUCGGAGAUUGGGAGGGUCCUCACCAGGGGCAGUCGGUAACGUCUCGACUUCACCGACACAUUUCUCGGCGUGACACGGAGGCCGUGGGUUUCAGUGGCGGUGUCCCUCCGCCGAAAGAGUUCCUGACACACAAGUUAGCUGAAUCCCCGAGCACUUCAGAUUGCGAGCGGAAAACUGGUUCGGAAGGCCUUCCGAAACCAACGACUAGGAGUGCAGCGGAUCUGGAGUGGAACGAUGGCGGAAUAACACCAGACGUGAGAACCCGGGCACUGAUCACUUGCACCACUAGGUUUCGAAUGCUGUGUGUUUUCGCGCAAGGCGGGCAACUUGGUACUCUCGUUUACUUUAGCCGUAGUGUAACGAAUCCACCGGGACGAAGCCUCUGCUAA